AAAAAUUGGAUAGGUUCCUUAAAGAUCUUUGUUUUCUUGCUGGCUUCUGAAGAUACAAAACUGCUUCUUCAGAUCCGAAGAAAAAGGUCUGAAAUCGAAAAACCCGAGAUUAGGAACAGAAGACCCGCGAACCCAAAAGAAAAAAAGAAAAGAAAGGAGGAGCCAAAAAGAAAAGGGAAAAAGGGAAAAACCCAGUAAGCAAAAGUGGAGGAGCAGUCUUCACUGUGCUCAAGUUCCAGCCAUUGUUUAAAAAGGCAGGGCCUUUAUGUGUUUGGUUUUUGCUUUCGCGUGUGUUGCUUUUGGACACUUUGUUAUGUUCCAAGAGAGCAUUGAAUGAAUCUUUGAAUAACUUUCUUUCUCCUUCUUUUCUUCUUUCACUUUGCGUUGGUGGGUGUAUGGUGUUUGCAAUACGGCUUUUCCUUUUUCUAUCUGCUUUCUGUGGUCAUCGAUCUCUCAAUUGAAUCUUUGAAUUGGAAGAGAGGAGGGGGAGAGGGAGAGAAAAAGUGGCAGCAGCAGAGAGAUUCUUUUGUGAGCACGCAGAUAGAUUCUUGGUGGGUGCUGAUGAUUUUGGCGGUGAAUUUUGAUGCUAGGGAAUUGAGAUAUUUUUAGAGGCCGAGAUGGGGUGGAAGAAAGAUAAUUACUUUCUGGUUUUGUCGGUUGUAGAUCUUGAGUUCCUGAAUUCGACAGUUCCUUCUUAGCUUAGUUUUAGUAAAAACAGAGGCUGCGGUCUUUUGUGGCUGUGGAAGAAGUGAGCUUCUGGCUGCUAAUGGUAUGGCACUGUAAAUUCGGGGGAAUUGUGAGAGUGAAAUUUGUACAAGAAGAUGAAUUGGUGGAGCCUUUGAGCUGAGAAGAGAAAUGGACCUGCUUUGUCUCAGGGGUCUCCCUCUCUCUCAUCAGCAAAUUUGAGCUUUUGUGGACUUUUGGGGGUGUUACUGUGCGAUUGUGUGUUUUUCCAAGUAGAAGUUUGUUAAUCCCCUUUUUCUCUUGGCUCCAAACGUGGGACGUAAUUUUUCCGAAUUCGAGUUUCGAGCAAGAUCAACCGACCGGUGUUUAUUGUAAAAACAAGCACCAGAAGCAUCUAGUCUAGCUACUCGGAGAAGACUUUUAUGCCCUGAAAAAGCUGUGCUUGGUUCGGCAAAACCGCCUUCUGGCCAAGAUGAUCACUUUUAUGGAUUCUAAGGAGAAGCUGAAAGAGGUGGAGAAAACAUUAGAUUCUCAGCUAUGGCAUGCCUGCGCUGGAGGAAUGGUGCAAAUGCCGCCAUUGAACUCCAAGGUCUUUUAUUUCCCUCAAGGCCACGCCGAGCAUUCGUAUGGUCCCGGGGAUUUUCGGAACUGCCCCAGGAUACCAGCAUAUAUACCUUGCCGGGUUUCUGCAAUUAAGUUCAUGGCCGAUCCAGAGACCGACGAGGUCUUCGCUAAGAUGAGAUUGGUUCCGUUGACAAAUAAUGAGCCUGAUUUUGGGGAUGAUGGAAUUGGAGGGCUUCAAGGAUCAGAUGGUCAAGAUAAGCCUGCCUCCUUUGCCAAAACUUUGACCCAGUCGGAUGCUAAUAACGGCGGUGGUUUCUCUGUCCCGAGGUACUGUGCAGAAACGAUUUUCCCACGACUGGAUUAUUCUGCAGACCCUCCUGUCCAAACCAUCCUAGCCAAGGACGUUCAUGGAGAGACAUGGAAGUUUAGGCAUAUCUACCGAGGUACACCGCGGCGACAUCUCUUGACCACAGGUUGGAGUACUUUUGUUAACCACAAGAAGCUUGUGGCUGGGGACUCAAUAGUGUUCAUGAGGGCGGAGAAUGGGGAUCUUUGCGUUGGGAUUCGCCGGGCUAAAAGAGGGAUUGGUGGCGGACCCGAGUCCUCAUCUGGUUGGAACCCAGUCGGUGGUAACUGUGCAGUGCCUUAUGGCGGGUUCUCAGCAUUCUUGACAGAGGACGAGAACAAAUUGAUCACCAAUGGGCAUGGUAACUGCAUGAACGGAAAUGGAAGUUUGAUGGGCAAGAAACGGGUCACGCCAGAGGCAGUUAUCGAAGCAGCCUCACUCGCGGCAAAUGGGCAUCCUUUCGAGGUGGUUUACUACCCUCGAGCAAGUACCCCUGAAUUUUGUGUGAAGUCGUCCAUGGUAAAAGCUGCGAUGCAGAUCCGGUGGUGUUCCGGAAUGAGGUUCAAGAUGGCCUUCGAAACAGAGGACUCUUCACGGAUUAGUUGGUUCAUGGGGACGAUAUCUUCAGUUCAAGUGGCCGAUCCCAUCCGCUGGCCGGAUUCACCUUGGAGGCUACUCCAGGUAACUUGGGACGAGCCGGAUUUGCUGCAAAACGUGAAACGUGUGAGCCCAUGGCUGGUCGAACUCGUCUCUAACAUGCCAGCAAUCCAUCUCUCCCCUUUCUCGCCACCAAGGAAGAAGCUAAGACUUCCACAUCACCCGGAUUUCCCCCUCGAUGGGCACUUCCCAAUGCCAUCGUUCUCCGGCGACCUCCUUGGGCCCAGCAGCCUGUUUGGUUGUCUUCCCAGCAACCAUUCUGCAGCUGGCAUGCAGGGAGCCAGGCACCCUUACUAUUCUCCAUCCUUACCGGAUCUCCGCCUCAGCAAACAGCCGUCGAGUCUGUUCCCUGCCGGUUUUCCGCUUAUCGACCACUCAAUCAGACCCAUCAGAACCUCCAAUGGUCCGAGAAUGCACAAAUCUAGCAGCGACGACAACAUUUCUACCGUCUUGACAAUGACGAAUUACGGGAAAGUCUUUAAGAAGCUUGAGGAAGUUAAGAAACCUCCCCAGUUGGUGCUCUUUGGUAAGCCGAUACUGACCGAGCAGCAGAUUUCUCUAAGCAGCCCUGCUACUACCACCGCCACUACAGCUUCGCCCGCUCGUACUUCAUCGGAAGAGAAGAUAGAAAAACCAGGUAGUUUCCCUGACGGCCCUGGUUCCGCACGUCAGCAGUCGGGCCAACCAGAGCGGCAGUCGUCAUGUGAGCUGUUGAGAAUGCAUGAGGAUGAGCACCAACAGGAGAUGGAAGCCUGCUCAGAAAUCGGCCAUUGCAAAGUUUUCAUAGCAUCGGAAGACGUGGGUCGAACGCUUGAUCUCUCAUUGCUUGCCUCAUAUGACGAGUUGUGCAGGAAGCUAACAGAUAUGUUUGGCGUCGAGAAUACUCAAAGCUUAGCCCGCCAUGUGCUAUAUCGGGAUAACAAAGGUGGAGAGAAGCGCAUCGGCGAUGAGCCAUACAGCGAUUUCAUCAGAAAGGCCAAGAGAUUGACAAUUUUGACAAACUCGAGCAGCAACUGCGUAGGAAAGUAGAGAAGAAAUCGAACAAUGACCUUCACGUGUACAGCUAAUUGACCAAAACCUUCCAUUUACAAGCUGACCAUCGCUUGCAAUUUUGGUGGACCAGGGCAUACGUUCGAGCUGGAUUUACCUCGAGACUAUUCUUUUGCUGCAUUUUCGGAGGAGUGACUCGCACAAACUGAAUAUCGUCCAGUUAUGGAUUCACGGGUCUUGUUCAUUGGUGUCAAGUCAUCUCUUUCUAUGUCCUGUCCUAUCUUCCUUCUUUCUUGGUCUGGCCGUCACGGUCGAAACUCCGACGAGUCACGGUCGGAGGAGUUGUUUCGGUCCAGGAUGGGCUUCUGGCAAAGCAAUUUGAAGUCUUCUAAGAAGGCAAAAUCUUUCUGGCA